AUGAAGCUGUCCAAUCCGGGCACUGUCCCCGUCUACACCAUUUCUGGCGCAUCCACUGCGCGCCCUCUCCCAGACUGGCUUUCUCGCCGCCGGAAGCGCAGUCUAAAGGACGAUGCCGAAUACCAGAGUCGCGUCGAGCUUCUGCAAGACUUUGAGUUUGAAGAGGCCAGCCAGUGUGUUCGUAUAAGUGAAGAUGGCGAAUGGGUCAUGAGCACGGGCACAUAUAAGCCCCAGUUCCACGUACACAACUUACCACAGCUCUCUCUUUCUUUCGCCAGACACACGACUUCCACCAACGAGACUUUUGUCCUACUCUCUACCGACUACACCAAAUCUCUCCACCUCCAGAAUGAUCGAAAGCUCGAAUUCCACACCCCCAUGGGCUGUCACUAUGAAGUGCGCAUUCCUAGAUAUGGCCGAGACCUGGUAUACGACCGACACUCUACUGAGGCUCUCGUUCCGGCUGUUGGUAUCGACGCUGAUGGCCAAGGAGAAGUUUUUCGCAUGAACUUGGAACUUGGAAGAUUUAUGAAGUCUUAUCAGAUCGAAGUUGGAGGAGACGACGAAUUCGGUGGUGGUCUACAAGGAGGCGUCAAUGUUGGCAGUGUAAACUGCGCAGCCAUCGCUGAGGAUACACACAAUCUGCUUGCCUUUGGCACAUCAAUAGGCACAGUAGAGUUUUGGGAUCCCCGCUCAAGAUCACGGGUUGCGUUACUUUCCGGCCAUGAAGGAGGUGUCACAACAAUGGAUUUCCAUCCGUCGGGCCUAUCACUGGCGACUGGCAGCUCAAGUGGCAUGAUCCAGCUAUUCGACCUUCGUCGCCCUACUCCCUUGCUCAAGAAAGACCACGGUUAUGGCUUCCCGGUAAAGAAGCUGAUACAUAUGACGACAUCUUCACAGGAGAAGAAGAUCUUGUCGGCCGACAAGCGCAUCAUUAAAAUCUGGGAUGAAGCCUCGGGUGACCCAUGGACAUCGGUUGAACCUGUGGUGGAUAUCAACGACGUGGCUUGGUGUAAAAACACCGGCAUGCUGCUGACAGCCAACGAGGGCAAGCAGCAGCACGCAUUUUUCGUACCCCAGCUGGGCUCAGCGCCAAGGUGGUGCUCAUUCUUGGAUAACAUGGUGGAAGAGAUGGCGGAAGAGGUCCGCACCGAGACAUACGACAACUACAAGUUCUUGACUUUGCCAGAACUGAAACAGCUCAGCUUGUCGCACUUGAUUGGAAAGACCAACUUGCUGCGACCAUACAUGCACGGAUACUUUGUGGCUUCUAAGCUGUAUGAACAGGCCAGACUCAUCGCAAACCCAUAUGCAUUUGAAGACGAGAGGCAGAAGCGCAUCAAGGACAAGGUUGAGAAAGAGCGCUCUAGCCGCAUCAGAGGCACCAAGAAGGUCAAGGUCAAUCAAAGACUUGUCGACAAGCUUCUCAAGAAGCAAGAGAACAGAAGCCAGGUUGAUACCAAUGCUGGUCUUUUGGGAGACAAGCGAUUCACACAGCUAUUCGAAGACGAAGACUUCAUGGUUGACGAGAACAGCGGUGAAUUCAAGGCUCUCAACCCCAGCACUGCUGUUCAGCAGGCUCUGGAGGCAAAGCAUGGAUCAGUUCAUUUCCAAGGCAAAGACUCUGACGAGGAAUCUAGCGAUGAGGAUGAACCUAUCUCUAAGCCCAAGGAUGGUGUGGAGAUGCGAAUCUCGUCAACGCAAAAUGAGGGCCGACCACUGAAGGACUCUGCAUUGGGCUCAAGACAACAUAAAUCUACGCGAGUCAACAAGGCGGACCGUGGCGAAGUUCGUGGAGAGAGACAGGUGACGUUUGUGCCAGAGAGGAAGAAGAAGCAGCAGCAACAACAGGAAGAAGAAGAGGCUCCAGCUCCACGGAGGCGAGACUUCAAGUCAAGGCGAAGCGCCAGCUCAAACACAUUCAGAAAAAUGUGA